AACAAUUCAAUUUUAAAGAAAUGUUAACUUUCUUACUGGCUAUAUUUUGUUUAACACAUUUAGUUGAAGGUACAGAAAAUAAAGAUUCUAGUUUACAAUCAAAUGUCACAGGAUGUCAUGGCAACAAAAAAGUUAAGCAUCCUAGUGAUUGCAAAAAGUAUUUUUAUUGUAAAGGAAUUGGAAAAGGUAUACAAAGAGAAUGUGCUGACAACGAAAAUUUUGAUCCAGACUUUGAGAUGUGCGUAUGGAACCAAAUUUACAAAUGUGAAGAUAAAAACAUUUGCAACAAUUUGAAAGAUGGAACUUAUUUAAAUCCUGAAAAAUGCGGUAGCUUUGUUAAAUGUAUUGGAGGAGUGGCUUACAAUCAAGCAUGUCCAAAAGGUUUAUGGUACAAUGCUAUAAAAGAAAGUUGUGAUGACCCUUCCAAUGUUGACUGUAAAGCAUAUAAAAGAUCCCUGACAACAUCUUUUGCAAAUCCUCGUGAUAAAAACCAAAUAAGUCUUGAUUAUUGUAAAGAUAAAAUAAAUGGAAAUUAUCCGGAUCCGCACACAUGUCACAGCUAUAUUACUUGCUCUGAAGGAUUGAUAUUCGAAAAUAAAUGCCCGACAGGGUUGCUAUUUGAUCAAAAAAUAAAGAUUUGUAUUUGGUCCAAGAAUGUAAAAUGUGAAGGAAAAGUAACUACGUCAAUUAAUCCAUGUGUCAAUAAACCAAAAGGAACAUACCCUGACUAUCGUUAUUGUGACAGCUAUAUAAUAUGUUAUCCAGAAGGAGUUUAUUAUAUGAGAUGUCCUCCAUUAUUAUGGUUUAAUCCUGAAACAAAAAAAUGUGAUAGUCCUAAAAACAUCAAUUGUAAAGCAUCUAAGCGUGGGUUGCCCCCAGUUGAUGCCAUGUCUUCAUUAAAAUGCAAUGGGAGAAUAGGGUCUUUUCCUGAACCUGGAAGUUGCUCAAAGUAUAUCGUAUGUCAGAUCAAUAAAGAGGAAGCCACUAAAAGGUGUCCACCUGGUCUUCAUUAUCACCCAAAGUACAUGGUCUGUGUACAUAGUCACAUGUAUCCAUGUAUAAAUGGUACUUCUAGAUUAAGCAUUUGUGAAGGUAAGCACAAUGGAACAUUUCCCAAUCCAGAAGCAUGCAACAGCUACAUAGUUUGUCGGGGAGGUUUGAAGUAUCAAAUAGAAUGUCCAAAACCUCUUUGGUUUAAUAAAGAUAAAAAGCAAUGUGAUUUUCCAGAAAAUGUUAAAUGUGAAGCAAUAAGAACAGGUGCUUCUAAUGACACAAAAACUGAUAUCAAAGAUUCACAAGAAAUUGUUAAUGGCUUCAAAGACAUAACCUUUACUGAAACUACACCACUGACUAAAACAAACUAUUAUGUCAAAACCUCUAAAAAAUUUUCAACUCAAAUUUUGGAAGUUACACCCACUGUUUCGCAAACUUUUUGUAGCGGUAAAGCACCAGGAAAUUAUGCGCAUCCUGAAAGAUGUGAUGGGUUUGUAACAUGUACUGGCAUUUCUUAUGUAGUGCAAAGCUGCCCUAGUGGAUUAUGGUUUAAUGAAACGCAAAAUGUUUGCGAUUAUCCAAUCAACGUCCAUUGCAUUUCAUGGUUAUCAAAAAUAUCAACAACUUCAAUAACUGAAACUUUACCAAUUUUGCCUUCAAACAUAUGUGUUGGAAAAAAACUGGGCAACUAUGCUCAUCCUAACAGUUGUAGUGUAUUUAUCACAUGCACUGGUGUUCUCAGUCAAAUGCAAAGUUGUCCUCGUGGUUUAUGGUUCAAUGAACAACAAAAUAUUUGUGAUUACCCAAAAAAUGUCAACUGUAUACUUUCAACUCCAUCAUUCAGCUGUUUUGGAAAGAUACCUGGUAGUUACCCCGCAGAAAAAUGCAACGAAUAUUACAUAUGUGCUGGGGAUGAAUUGCCAUUAAAGAAACAAUGUCCUUUACACACAAAUUUUUUCCCGAAAUCAGGGAUGUGUGUGUUAUCUUAUUCUUACUCUUGCGAAGAUCCGACAUUUUGCGCUAACCAAAUAAACGGUAUGUUUGCGAACCCAUUUAACUGCUAUGGCUAUUAUGAAUGCAUCAAUGGUCGUACUAUACCAAGAAAUUGCGACUAUGGUUUGCGUUUUAACGGUGUCUCUUGUGUGGAUGCAUCUCUUUAUGUUUGUCAAUAAACUUUGUCAAUACACCGUCAGAUAAACCUAGGUAAAAAAAAUACUUUAAGUAAAAUAAUUAUGUAGUUUUAUAUUUAUAAAUCAUAGUUUUUGAUAUUUAACAAUUUUUGUAACUUUUAUCAUAUUUUUAAAUAAAAACACAGAUAUAUGUAUAUAUACUUUUGAAAAGAUGCACAUGUAUAAACGCAUUAAUGUUUAUACAAAAGUUUAUGCACUUAUAAACCUAUGCUAUAAUUAAAUAACGCUCUUUACGCUGUUGUUUAGAUUAUAUUAUUAAUGUAAUAUGUUAUUUGUUCACUAAGCAGCA